AUGAGUUUUAAAGACUUGGCUGAAGCUAAAAGAGUUGUAGGGUACUAUGCAGUUGCUAAUAGGAAGGGCCUUAAAGUCAAGAAGAGUGACAAAAGUAGAGUUAGGUACAAAUUUGAUAUUGGAUGUCCUUUUGUGUGUUUUAUAUCCAAGGAUAAUAGAGAUCAAGGAUUUAAGAUUAAGACUUUGAACACAAAUCAUGAUUGUGGUCCAGCAUUUCAGAAUAGAAGAGCUACUCCCAAUGCUUUAGCCCAUUAUUUCAAGAACAAAGUUCAAAAUAAUCCUAAGUACAAAGUCAAAGAUAUGAGGGUGGACUUGGAGGAUAGAUUCAGACUUAAUGUUAGUUAUUCAAAGAUGAAGAGGGUUAAGAGAAUGGUCUUAGAGAAGUUGGAGGGUGGCUACAUUGAUGACUAUAAUAGGUUAGAGGCCUAUGCUCAAGAGUUGAGGGAAUUUAACCCCGGUACAGAUGUGGUUAUAAACAUAUCAAAAGAUGCUUUGGAAGAGGGAAAUAGGAGAUUUCUUAGAAUGUAUAUAUGCUUCCAAGCUUUGAAAAGUGGAUGGAAAGCAGGUUUGAGGCCUCUAAUAGGUCUGGAUGGCACAUUUCUAAAAGGAAAAUGCAAAGGAAUUUUGCCGGUAGCAAUGGCACAAGAUUCUGCCAAACACUUUUAUCCACUUGCUUGGGUAGUGGUUACUAGAGAAACAUGUAGAAUUUGGAAGUGGUUUCUGGGGCUGUUGAGAACUUCCUUAGAGUUGGGAGAUGGUGAAGGAGUGACAUUCAUUUCAGACAUGCAAAAGGGUUUGAUUGAUGCCAUUGCAACUUUGGUUCCUAAAUGA